GAUGGAAGGUCGACAGUGGAAGAAGAAGAAACGUAAGAAAGAACUGAACGCUUCUAAAUGCUGGAUUGUUCAACGUCGUUCUUCGAAGGACUUGGUUGAGGACGGGAGUGAAGAGGGUGGUGUUGGAACCAGGCUGGUGUCUCAAUCAGCCAAGCAGGUUGGGGCACCUUGGACCCCUGUGGAUGGAGGAUAGAAGUAUUUAAAUGUAUCAGUAAACUUCUCAGCUUGGGCCAGUAGACCAGUAGAAGGGGAAAGAAACGACGCGCGCAGCUUCUCGACACAGCGGGUGUAUUAUGAUUUCUUAACAAGAAAUCGUAAUUUUUAAAUCAUUGACGAAUAAGCUUAUAUUUGGAAUUUUAAAUUUUAUUUUUCACGGCUGUUAUCAUAAAACAAUGUGAUUGUUUAUAAGUUCGAAAUAAGAUUUAAAUUUGAGUAUAAAGUAAAGUUGAUGAUCACUGAGGGUCUAUAGGGCUGACCAUCUGUCCCUCGUUGCCACGUCUGCAACGUCUUGGUGGUCCAUUUUGGGGCUGGUGCGCAACAGCAUCGGCAUUAACGCUGGCAAUGAAGCGCUCUCAGAAAGAUGUCACGUUGGUUCGACCGAUUGAACAUACUCUUGUUGAGUAUAAUAUUAUUUAGUACAAUAAUGUGGAAUACUGUAAAAAGUUCAAUAAUAAGGUGUGAAGAAGCAAAACUAAAAUGUGCCUUCAGAACAGGCUGUGGCACUGCUCUACAACACUAUUUUACAGGCUGUGCACCCGUUCUUGAAGAUAAUGAUUGUUCCGAGAGCUGUCAACAUGCCCUUAUUGCUCUUACAAGUACCGAUGAGGGCAAAGAACUUAUGACGUGUGAAUGUGAAAACGAAUUGUGCCUACAAUCAAAACAAAGAGUAGAAAUAUGUAGAUCAUCUGUAACAAUGGCAAUGAAUAAGACAAGAGUAUCUUGCAGAAUAGCGACCUGGAUUUGUAAUGCAGAUGCUCUUUGUCAAACUGCACUUGCAUAUUAUAAUAAAUAUUGUAAGAGUAUGUUUCAAGGACGAAAAUGUACUCGACGAAAAUAUUUUAGAUGUAGAAACUCGAUAAAUAUUUUGACAAGACAAGAAAAAGCUGCAAGAUUAAAUACAUGUCAAUGUGAUGGUUUUGAAGAAUAUGAUUGCAAAGGAAUUCAUAGAAAUAUGAAUCUUCUUUGUUUUGGAAAAAUACAUCAUGGUUAUCGUGAUAUUAAUAUUGAAGAUGAUAGAAGAAAUAAAUUUUUGACACCAAAUACAAGUCUUAGAGGAGAUGGUGUUCAAAUAUUAGUGAACAGAAAAUUAUUUUUAUUUUCCUUAAUAAUUUAUCAUUUUCUUAAAAUAAAACAAGACUGAAAAAAUGCAGAAAAUUUCCAAAAAGCAACAGUAUUCCAUGAAAUCAAUGACCAAAGAUCUUUAUUAAUUUUUUAAUUAUCAUUAUAUGAACAAUUUAAUGAUGGGAUGGAUUACUUAUUAUAAAUAAUUUAACAGUUAAUUAAUACAUAAAAUUUACUUAAAUUUAUUAUUAAAUUUGUACAAAUGGAAAGAACAGAAAAAAAGUCUUUUACAGUGAAAGUAUCAUAUAAUGAUUAUAGCAUAGUUAAUGUAAUUAAAUAAUUUGUUACAAUUUAAUAAAUCAAUUUUAUUUAUGGAGAUAUAAUUGUAAAUAAAUAUAUAUUAAAAUAA